AUGGUGUGGGGCCACAAAGGCAUUGGCGUGAUGGUUGGAGGCCACAGAGGGUGGUGGUGGCUUGGGGGUGGUUUGGGUUGGGAUAUGCCUUACCAACCUGGUUAUACUGCUCCACCAACUCCCCCUCAAUCCGAGGAUAUUACAAUUGAUAUCAGUGCGGGUUGGACAAUUGCUGGUACUCCUUUGGACUUCCAUGACCCUCGACUUUUGGCUAUGGCUGCCGCAGAACGCCGUAUUCUUGAGGCUGAAUAUGGUGAAUAUGCUGAUACAAGUGCCAGUGGAGCUGCAUUUUGUCGUUCUGCUGCUCUAAUUUUAAUGGCUCUUCUACUCUUGAGGCAUGCUCUCACCAUUGGAAAUAGUGAUGGGGACGAAGAUGAUAAUCCUACCUUUUUCUCUCUUUUUUUGCUUCGGGCUGCUAGUUUUCUUGUCCCUCUAUAUGUAAUGGCCUGGGCUAUCAGUGUACUGCAACGUCGGAGACAGAGACAGGAAGCAGCGGCACUAGCAGCGGCUGAAUUGGCAUUUAUGCUACAGUCGAGACAGCAUAGGGGGUUACAGGUCACAAUAGCACCUGGACCUGCUGUGACACCAGGGCCCGUGGUUACUUCACCGACAUCAGCACCUGCAGUUACCCCAUCGUCACCACAGCCUGUAGUUGCCCCUCAUCAGGAGCCCCUUCAAUAAAAUGAUAUUUCCCUCUAGUGGGUAAUCAAUCAUCUCCACAGGCGAGGUGGAUAAGUUGUGGCUAGAAAUUUGAGUGUGCUGCUAUAGUUGCAGUAUUAGCAAAGGGAAGAAAAAUAUGAAGGUCGACUUUGUUGAGUAUCUCUUGCUUGACAUUAUCUCCAAAAACCUUAGUAAGUUUAAAAAAAAAUUAUCAUGAUUUAUCUGUUUUUGUUUGUACACACUGCUGUGGCUGCUUGGGAAAUUUGUGGUAACAUAGUUGUUGUCUACAUAGAUUAUCCCAGGUUAUUUGGGAUGUCUUUAAAUUUGAGGUUCGAAUGAAGAAAGUUCUUGAUACUUAUUUUUAUGUUUGAAUAUAUACUUUUACUUUUUUAUCAAUGC